AAACCAGGAAGCCAAACCGCCAACAGAUUCUACUGAAUAACUCAUAUAUUUUGGUCAAAUUCAUUCUAGUGCGUACACUUUGGAGUUUGGAUAACACACACCUCUCGAUGGUUCAUUGUCCAAUAAUAUAAAAAAGCGUUUAUACACUCCAAUUAGAAAAUAAUAAUUUCACUAGAGUCAGCUGAUAGUAGUAGCUUCAACAUAAUUAGUCAAAACACAAGAGAAGUGAAAGUAACGGUGUCACUCCCAAUCUUUCCUAAAUCAAGCGCGAAGCAGUAAUGGCAGAAGAGGCAGAGAACGAACGGAGGGUUCUGGUAGCAGUGGACGAAGGCGAUGAGAGCAUGUAUGCCCUCUCAUGGUGCCUCAACAACCUCGUCUUCCAAAAUUCCAAAAAUACCCUUAUCCUUCUCUAUGUAAACCCACCACGUGGCGGUUAUAUGCCCUUUGAAACCGCAGCCGCACUAGAUGAUCCUGAAAUUCAUCCAGCAAAUCUGUAUUCGCCGGAAAUAACGGCAGCCAUGGAAAGAUAUAGCCAAGAAGUGGCAGAUUGCGUGUUAGCGAAAGCCAAGAAAUUGUGUAAAGAUCUCCAACACGUUAAGGUGGAGACGAAAGUAGAGGAUGGCGAUCCAAGGGACGUGAUUUGUGAGAUGGCUGAAAGGUUGGGUGCUCAUGUUCUUGUUAUGGGAAGCCACGGUUAUGGUCUUAUCAAGAGGACUUUUCUUGGAAGUGUGAGUAGUCACUGCGCACAGAACGUUAAGUGCCCAGUUCUCAUAGUCAAGAAGCCAAAAUCAAUUGCUGAUGCUCGAGAUCAAACAUAUCAAUCGGAAUAAGUGGUCGUUAUUUUCAUAAUUUCUGUUAUAUAUACAUCGAUUUUGUCGCUUAUGUAUCUCUUAGGUAUGUGUACUUGUUGCUCCUUGACCGUACCUGCUUCUUCGGGAAUCUCAUGUUGUGAUGCCUCGGGGAUUAAUCAUUGGUAUUUCUAGGACAAAUACAUAGGUUCUCUUUUUUCUAUGGGAUAAACUCACGUAAAUUCACCUAAAAAUGGCUAGUUAUUUUCUUGUUUUCACGUGAAGAGACAGAGUAUUGAAGGUUAAAAACACUAUGUUUAGAUUUGCUAACUAGUUUACUACCCUUGGAUUUGUGUUGCUUGGUAUAUCUUAACAAUGAAGCACAUUAAACCAAUGUGAGAGACUAGAAUUGAACCUGCGAUAACUAAAUAUUUAGUGCAAGACAUAAUCAACUAAACCAACUUACUCCUUAAACAAAGUACGUAGUAACUAAUCCUUUUUAUCAAAUAUUUGGGGCCAUGGCUCCCCACACUGAGGAGAAUAACAAUUGGUAUUAUGUCCACGUUGCUGAUUUUAUUUAUGAAAGUAGUUGUUAAUAAUUCAAGUGAUUUGUUUGUAAUUAACCAGAUCAGUUCGAAGGAUUUUAAAAUUGGAAUUUGGACAUUUUAGUU